AUGAGCCGAGGAGAGGCUAAUGCUUUGUUGGGAGGAGAGGCUAAUGCUCUGUUCGGAGGAGAGGCUAAUGCUCUGUUCGGAGGAGAGGAUAAUGCUCUGUUCGGAGGAGAGGCUAAUGCUCUGUUCGGAGGAGAGGCUAAUGCUUUGUUGGGAGGAGAGGCUAAUGCUCUGUUCGGAGGAGAGGAUAAUGCUGUGUUCGGAGGAGAGGAUAAUGCUGUGUUCGGAGGAGAGGCUAAUGCUUUGUUGGGAGGAGAGGAUAAUGCUGUGUUCGGAGGAGAGGCUAAUGCUUUGUUGGGAGGAGAGGAUAAUGCUGUGUUCGGAGGAGAGGCUAAUGCUGUGUUCGGAGGAGAGGAUAAUGCUCUGUUGGGAGGAGAGGAUAAUGCUGUGUUCGGAGGAGAGGCUAAUGCUCUGUUCGGAGGAGAGGCUAAUGCUCUGUUGGGAGGAGAGGCUAAUGCUCUGUUCGGAGGAGAGGCUAAUGCUCUGUUCGGAGGAGAGGAUAAUGCUGUGUUCGGAGGAGAGGUUAAUGCUCUGUUCGGAGGAGAGGAUAAUGCUGUGUUCGGAGGAGAGGCUAAUGCUUUGUUGGGAGGAGAGGCUAAUGCUCUGUUCGGAGGAGAGGCUAAUGCUCUGUUCGGAGGAGAGGAUAAUGCUCUGUUCGGAGGAGAGGAUAAUGCUGUGUUCGGAGGAGAGGAUAAUGCUCUGUUCGGAGGAGAGGCUAAUGCUCUGUUCGGAGGAGAGGCUAAUGCUGUGUUCGGAGGAGAGGAUAAUGCUCUGUUCGGAGGAGAGGCUAAUGCUCUGUAA